AUGUCACAUACAACUACUAGUGACACAGAAAAUCAAGAAGCUUUAAAACCUUCUUCUUCUUCUCAAGAUCCAGUUAUUCCUUCUCAUAAAGAUGAUAAUCUUGACACUACCAUUUCUGUUUACUCUGCAAAACCAUCAAGUGAAGAUUCAAUUAAAACUCAUGAUAGUACCACUUCUGAUGAAGAAGAAUCUUUAAUAUUAGGCGAACAAUCAUCAUCAACGAAAUCAAAAUCAAGAGAUUGGUAUUCAGUUUCAGAAACUGAUAUCUCAUUAAUCCCUUAUGAAUAUCAACUUAGUCAUCGACAUUAUUAUACAGUUAAUAGUAGAUAUGAUUAUAUAAUUACUAGUCUUUCCGGAACACCUAUGUUAUACAUUAAUUCUACUUCCAAAGAAAUUGAAGAAAUUGUCUCUACAAAUUCAACAUUUGAACUUGCACUUGAAGUUUCUAAAUCAUGGAAACUUUUUACCCCCGCAUAUUAUGAAGUACAAGAAGAUCGAUAUCUUUCUGAUGGUAGUUCUUAUAAAGUAGUAACUGUCAGUGCUUCUUAUACUUCAUGGAUUUAUUUUGCUUGGGGUCCACCAAUAACCAUUAAAUUUAAAGUUACGGAUCAACUUAAUCCAUUGGAUCCUUUAAAUUUAACUCAAUGUGAAUAUCAAUUUACUUGGACUUGGAUUAUGAAUGGUUACGUUAAUAGAAAAUGUCCAAAUGAAGAUGAUUUAACCGAAAUUUCUUAUGUAUCUGGUUCAAGUUUAUUUGGUUUUUACUUUUGGAACCCUGAUGAAACGAUAAUUUAUGGUUAUUCAACUAUUCCAAAUUUAGAUCCAUUGGGAUUGUAUGAAAGUGCACCAUUCCCGCCCAUUAUACCUGCUUUAUAUACAGCUUAUUAUGAGUAUUUAAUCAAUCUAAAUAGUUAA